AUGACUGAACAAUUAGAGGCCUUAGUUAAAGAACGCGGAAUAUAUAAAGGAAAAAUAACCAAAAUUAUUAACUGGUAUAAUAAAUCAGUCGACACAGAGACCAAUUACAUGGAAUUUGAAGUCAGACUAGAUAGUUUAACUCAAGCCUUUAAUAAAUAUGAAGACGUUCAAAUGAAAAUAGAAAUUAUUGAUUCAACUAAUGAAGAUAAAGAUAGCGUCGACGACAAAUAUUACUCUUGUUUGGCGAAGUUGAAGACAAAAAUUAAGUCUCUUUGUUUUACUCAAAAUCGUGGACAAACAGUUCCUAAUGAAACUCUAACGCUAAAACCUAAUGUCAAUUUGCCGCAGCUGAGUAUACCUCAGUUUUGUGGAGAGCUCACAAAAUGGAAUGCUUUUUAUCAACUCUUUAACACUCUUAUAGUAAACAAUCAUAUGCUCACAAACAUAGAAAAAUUAAUUUACCUAAAAUCAUAUUUAAAAGGCGAACCUCUACACUUAAUCGAAACCUUGCAAUUAACUGAUUGUAACUUAGAAAUUGCUAUUGACACUCUUAAACAACGAUAUGAUAAUCAGUUAUCAAUUAUAUUUGCUCACAUUAAAAACUUAGUUGAAAUUCCUAGUUUAACUAAGGUAAACGCCCAAACCGUGCGUGAUUUUAUAGUACAAAUUAAACAAAAUAUAGACUCUCUUAAAAAUUUAGCAAUUCCAGUCGAACAUUGGGAUCUAAUGCUUAUUUAUUUAUUCUCACAAAAAUUAGAUUUUGGUACCCGUAAAGCAUACAUCUCUGAUAGAGAAAUGCAAACAUCCAAUAGUCAAUCGGCUACCUUUCCUAAGCUAGACGAUUUGCUCACCUUUCUCGAAUGCCGGUGCUCUGUUUUAGAAAAUCUCUCAGAACCUUUGGCUAAAAAGGCCUCACCUCUUUAUAACGGUCCACCCCUAGAGAGAAAUACAUCAUCUCAGCCUAAAAUUCAUCGAUAUACUCAUCUUGUACAAGACAAUAAUCGUGAACAGGGCCGUACUCAAAGUCAAAACAAUAAUUCUCAAUUAAGGUUUAAAAGAUGUAGUUUUUGCAAUAAUUCCUUUCACAAAAUUUAUACCUGCAUGAAAUUUAGAGACCUACCCUUAAGGCAAAAAUCUGAUUUUGUUUAUCAAAACAAGUUAUGUGUUAAUUGUUUGGGUUCAAAACAUCAUGUACGUGACUGCAGUUCUCAGUUAGCUUGCUCAAGUUGUGGGAAAAAACAUCACUCUCUUUUACAUUCUCCCACGCCACAGAGUUCUGGCUCUGAUUGGCGACAUCCUGGCAAUUCACAACGAAACUAUAACGAUACUCCUAACCCGCAAGUUUCAUGCUCACCCUAUGAACAACGUAAUGAUGUUCAACCCAGUUGUAGCGCCAACCCCUCAAGUGGUCCCUCCAGAAAUCACCAGCAACAAGACGCUAGCGCGACCAACAAUCAAACAAGCCUUGCAGUAUUUGCCCACGAUGAUAAUGAAGUCUUAUUGGCCACAGCUCUUGUAAAUAUACUCGCUAAAAAUGGUCAGAGCGUCCCUGCAAGGGCGAUUAUCGAUCCUGGCAGUACCAUAUCAAUAAUGACAGAGUCAUUAUUAGGCAGGCUGCAACUAACCCCUGAUAUUCAAAAUGUUCAGAUUUCAGGUAUUGGAGGAAACGUCGAGCACUCAAAUAAGGUAAUAUCUCUAAAAAUAUCCUCAACACUCAGUCCCUUCUCCAUGAAUGUAAAUUGUUGUAUAUUAAAUAAAAUUACCGAAUUAUCCCCUCAUUAUCGAAUAAAUAAAAACAUGCUGCAAAUUCCCCCCUCUAUUGAACUUGCAGAUCCCACAUUUAACAGACCCUCUUGUAUAGAUAUGUUGCUUGGAGCCGAUGUCUAUUACAAAAUUCUCUCCGGACACAUUGUUCCAGUCAAUGAACAAUCUCUUACAUUAGUUGGUACUCAUUUUGGUUAUCUUAUUUCGGGCCUAAUCCCCUCUCAUGCCAUUUUUAAUAGACCCCACGCUAAUAAUAGUUGUUUUCUUGUCCAAGGACAGAAUGAGGAACCCCGAUUAGAUUACCUCCUGGAAAAAUUCUGGUCAAUAGAAAAUUUUUCAAAUCCUGUAGGCAUGCAAGUGACCCCAGAAGAAUUAGCAGUAGAAAGUAAUUUUUGCAAUAACACGAUCGUGUUGACUGAUCAUUCAUUUCAAGUAAAUCUGCCUCUUAAAACUCCCAGGGAACACUUUAUGCUUGGUGAAUCAUUUUAUCUCGCAAAAAAGAGAUUUUUUAAUUUAGAAAAACGCCUUGAAAAAGAUGCAGCCCUUCACACUCAGUAUAAAGCCUUUAUAGAUGAAUACAUUUCCUUGAAUCAUGCCCGUGUAGUCCCCCUCUCUUUAAAAAACGAAAAGCUAGAGAAUAAAUAUUUUUUACCCCAUCACUGCGUACUCCGUGAAAGUAGUCAAACUACGAAAUUACGUGUUGUGUUUGAUGGUUCUAUGAAAACUUCCACGGGGUUGUCUCUAAAUGACGUCAUGCACAAAGGCAUGACUGUUCAACCGGAACUCUUUGACAUUCUUUUGCGGUUCAGAAGUUUUAAAUAUGUGCUUACCGCUGAUAUAGAAAAAAUGUACCGACAAAUCCGAGUAAACCCAAAUCAAACUUAUCUUCAAAAUAUUCUUUGGCGAGAAUCCCCUGCUUCUAAAUUACAAUGCAUUGAGUUAUUAACAGUCACUUACGGAACUAACUGUGCUCCCUAUUUAGCUACACGUGUGCUUAAAGAAUUGGCACUCACACAUAAAUCAAAAUAUCCUCUCGCUUCUGCAGCAAUCCUUUCUCAAUGUUACGUGGAUGAUAUUCUCUGCGGACAAAACUCAAUUGAUGAUUUAGUCGCACUUUAUUUUGAACUUAUUGAAUUAUGCAAAUUGGGUCAUUUUAAUUUGCAUAAAUGGUGUUCUAACUCCAGUGUAUUUUUAGAAAAAAUUAAAUUAUCUCUUACCCCUCCUCAACUAAGCAAAGAUUACAAUAUUAAGAUAGAAGGAAUCUCCAAUAAAGUUUUAGGCAAUCGAUGGAAUUCUGAGUUGGACAUGUUUUAUAUAAAUGUGCCGACAAUUUCUAUACAGCAAAUUCUUACUAAACGGUUAGUUCUCUCAAACAUAGCUCAAAUGUUUGACCCCUUGGGUUUAAUAGGACCAGUUAUCGUAAUCGCAAAAAUCAUUAUGCAAGAAAUAUGGAAAUUAAAACAUGGUUGGGACGACCCAAUUACAGGUACCAUGUUAAACGACUGUACGGAUUAUUUUCAAACUAUUUCAAAGCUUAACUCUUUAAAAAUUCCUCGAUAUAUUCUCUUCAGCAGAGACUUCAGGUUUUGCGAAAUACACGGAUUUUCCGAUGCAAGCCGGAAGGCAUACGGUGCAUGUUUGUACAUCCGAGCCUUCUAUCCUGACAAUACCGUGUCAUGCCACCUCAUAACAUCUAAAAGUCGAAUUGCCCCAAUAAAGGAGUUAACUAUACCCAGAUUGGAACUUUGUGGAGCCUUACUACUCGCAAAUUUAACUGCUCGAAUUCUCUCUAUCCUUGAAAACCGUUUUUCGUUUCAAUCAGUUAAUCUCUGGACUGACUCUGAAAUCGUCUUAUGCUGGUUAAAUAGCCAGCCCUCUCGCUUCAACGUCUUUAUUGCCAAUCGAAUAUCACAAAUACAGUCAUUAUCUCAAGAUUGGAAGUGGCGUCAUAUAAAAUCAAAAGACAACCCGGCAGACUACCUGUCUAGGGGUUUAAAACCUGACGAGCUCAUAAACUCGAGCGUCUGGUGGCACGGGCCACAAUUCUUACAAUACCCCGAAGUAAAUUUAAAUCUGUUUGAUUUUAAGAACUCCACAACCGCAGAAGAAACCAAAAAGGUCAACACAGUUUUACUUACAUCAAUAAAUAAUUUUUGGGAGUUACUUUUCAAAAGGUUUUCAAAGUAUACAAGGCUACAACGAACAUUAGCUUACAUUUUACGAUUUGUACAUAAUAUUAGGGCUCAGGUAAUUAAACGAGCCGGUCCUCUUUCCUUAGACGAGCUUAAAAAGGCAGAACUUCUUAUUCUCAAAUCAAUACAAAGCCAGGCAUUCUCAACCAUAUUCCUCCACCUCUCUAAAUCACCCAACGUUAAAAUUGCUAACAAACAAAUUUUAAAAUUAAAUCCAUUCAUUGAUUCAGACAACCUAAUCCGUGUCGGAGGUAGAUUAUCACAAGCACUGAUACCCUAUGAUCAUAAAUACCCUAUUUUAUUGCCCUCUAAUAAUAAGGUAGUUAACCUUUUGUUACAAAAGGAACAUCUCAGACUGGGACACGUAGGUCCCCAAACACUUUUAUCAAAUAUUCGCCUUCGAUACUGGCCUCUUAACGGCCUAAGAGAAAUUAAGAAGAUUUCUAUCAACUGUUUAAAUUGUUUUAAAUUUAAAGCACGGACCUUUCAACAAAUUAUGUCAGAUUUGCCCAAGGAAAGAGUUGUACCCUCUCGACCAUUCUCUAAAGUAGGUGUGGACUUUGGUGGACCCUUUUUUAUAAAGGCAUCGAAUUUAAGGCGCGCUAAAGUUGAAAAAGGAUAUAUUGCCUUAUUUGUAUGCAUGGCAACCAAGGCUGUUCACAUCGAACUAGUCUCAAGCCUUUCGACUCAGGCAUUUUUGGCAUGUCUAAAACGUUUUAUUGCUAGAAGAGGUCUCCCUACCACAAUUUUCAGCGAUCAUGGAACCAAUUUCUUAGGUGCUAAUAAUCAAAUUAGAGAACUUUAUUCGAUGUUGUCCUCCAAAGCAACUCAAAAUGACAUCCAUAAUUUUUCCUCUAGUUAUGAAAUUCAAUGGAAAUUUAGUCCCCCACAAUCUCCUCAUUGGGGCGGCUUAUGGGAAGCUGCAAUUAAAAGCACUAAACACCAUAUUAAACGUGUAAUCGGUGAUCAGCAGCUUACUUUUGAAGAAUUUGCCACUAUUUUGACUCAAAUUGAGGCUAUUUUAAAUUCCAGACCGCUUCAGCCCUUAUCCGAUGACCCCUCUGACUUAAAUUGCUUGACUCCAGGUCACUUUUUAAUAGGUGCACCACUCACUUCAUACCCCGAUCGUGAUCACUGCAAUAUUUCAAAAAAUCGGUUGGAUCGUUGGCAAAAAUGUAUUCAAAUACAACAAUUAUUUUGGAAACGGUGGAUCAAGGAAUACCUUAAUAAUUUGCAGAACAGGCCUAAAUGGUUGUCCAAGAAACGCAAUAUUAAGGUCAAUGAGGUUGUUCUUCUAAAGGAAAAUAACACACGACCUUUAGAAUGGCCAUUAGCCAGGGUUCUAGAGGUUAUCCCGAGCAAGGAUGGGCACGUUAGACUAACUAAGAUAAAAACAAGCAAGGGUAUUUACGUCAGAAACAUAACUAAAUUAUGCCCAUUACCUCAACUCGAAGAUUGA